ACUACAUACUUGAAACAUUGGAAAAUUGAAAAUUUUUUUUCUUGAUUGUUUUUCUGUGUUUCUGGAGUACUAUCCAGAAAAAAAAAUUGGCAUUGGUGGUGGAAGAUGUUCUUUUGUCUUUUGUUUCUGGCUAUAAAAAGGCAAAACAUUUUUUUUGUUUCAUUUGUUUGUUUUAAAUAUUUAAAAUUUCGCUCUCUUCGUGUAUCUUCCAAUAUCGAUUCUUGUUUUUCGUUUCUCGCUUGGUCUUUUUCAAAAUGAUGAAAAAAUAUUUUCUAUUAACAACCAUAAUAGCCAUAAUGGCCAUUAUAAUUAAAAUUGAUCAAACAUCAGCCGAAUGUUGUUAUUAUACAUUUAAUUGUUUUAAACCGGAUGAUCAUAAAGUAAAUCGUUGUGCUGAUUGUGAAGAAGCUAAUGUUUAUUGUGGUUAUGGUUCAUGUAAUAUAUUCGGUUGUAAUUGUGAUGGUGGUUGUCGAAAAGGUAAUCCAACAUUAUGGUGUUGGAAUAAAGUAUUCUGUGAAAAUGUUAAUAAAUCAUUAACAAUUGAUACAUCAUCGAUGAUGAAUUUCAAUGCUGAAAAUUACAAUGAAAAUAUAUUGAAUUUAUUUGAAAAUCAUGACCAAAAUAAUGAUAAAAUGUUGGAUCAACAACAACAACAAUCCAUCAAUAUCGACAAUGAAUUUACAAAAUUAGAUAAAGAUGGUAAUAAUUUUAUUACAUUAAAUGAAAUUGAUCCUGAUUUUUGA